AGAUGCAAAAGUUCCCACUUUUACUGUUAUUGAAAACUCUUUUUGAAAUUGCAUACCCAUUUCUUUAGAUUAUCUUAUUCUUACGCUUGAUGUGGAUAUGGUAGUUGAAGGUUGAACUGUCUCUAGCUUGUUAGGGUUGGGAUUUUCUUGGUUUAGUUUUGAAUUUCAGAGGUGUUGAUUCCCAUUUGUAGUCAAGUAUUGUUUCUUGGAUGUUAUUGAAAUGUUUUUGUUUGUCCUUUUGUAGUUGGUGGAUGAGUCUUUUUUGUGUUUGUUUAGUUGAAGUUGAAAAUGGUGGUAUCUUGGACUAUUGAAUUUUGUGGAAUUUCAAGAGUUAUUGGUUCAUUAGUAUUUGAAACCUUUGGGUUUUGACUUUGGUGGAGGUAACUUUUCUUGGUUCAGUAGGCUGAUCAGUAUGACUUGAAUUCAUGGACAUUGUUGUUGAUCUGGUGUGGUGGUACUCGGGGUUGAUUCUAGCUUGACUAGUAGACUUGGCAGCUUUGAUUUUCAAGCACGCGAUUUGGGUGUUUGAUAGUGGUUGAUUUCUUUUCGUAUGAUGAAUGUGGAGAGCAAUAGCGUUUAGAAGUGAUUGAUUGUGAAACUAAGGGUAGUGUGAGCAAAGGUUGAUCAAGUUUUCGGGUGAGAAACAAUGGAGCAAAAUAAGGAUGAGGAUUGGAGGGAUAUAGUGAGGAAGAUGCUUCCACCGGGGGCUCCCCUUCCCGAAGGGGAGACUAAUCUCGAUUACUCAAUAGCUCUCGAGUAUAAUGGUCCCCCAGUCUCGUAUGAGGUUCCGUGUGUAGAGCCCAUUGACGUAAAUUCUAGUGCGAUUCCAACAGCAUCUCUAGCACGGCCCUCUUCUGAAUCUAGAAGAUCAACGAGCCACGAAGGUGUCCCAGUUAUCGAGCCAAUACCUUCGAUUGCCUCUCGAGUUGCAGGCAUCACUAGUCCAAGGCUAUCGGGGAGUACAGAAUCACAGGUGUCUGUUGCGUUGAACCUCGAAUCUUUGUUAGGUUCUCCCUCAAUAUCCCCCGGUUCUAUUCAUAAUCCUGCAAACGAUGCUCCCAAACAGUUGGUCAACCCCGGAAGGAGAGCCCCGGUGGUAACUUUCGAUACAGUUGAUAGAUCCGAGAAGAAAGCAGAAUACUCGGAGAAACAAGCAUUUCCCGCUGCUUAUGUUGGCGUUUCCAGGGAAAAUAAGAAAAAGAAAACGAGAGUGUGUUAUAGGUGUGGAAAAGGAAAGUGGGAAACCAAGGAAUCGUGCUUGGUUUGUGAUGCAAAAUAUUGCAGCAAUUGUGUGCUCCGAGCAAUGGGUUCAAUGCCGGAGGGGCGAAAAUGUGUAACUUGCAUUAGUAUGCCCAUCGAUGAGUCGAAGCGGUUCAAAUUGGGUAGGCAUUCGAGGGUAUUGUCACGGUUGCUUUGCCCUUUAGAAGCUAAGCAGAUAAUGAAAGCCGAGAAAGAGUGUUCUGCUAACCAGCUUCGCCCAGAGCAGCUUAUCGUAAAUGGAUACCCUCUGAAGCCAGAAGAGAUGGCCGAACUAUUUGCGUGUCCUAUACCUCCUCAAAAGCUAAAGCCCGGUAGGUAUUGGUACGACAAAGAAUCUGGGCUUUGGGGAAAGGAGGGAGGGAAACCCGACAGAAUCGUGAGUUCAAAUCUAAAUUUCACCGGGAAGCUUAGUCCUCAUGCAAGCAAUGGAAACACUCGGGUUUAUAUUAAUGGACGAGAAAUAACAAAACUUGAACUCAAAGUAUUGAAGUUUGCAAAUGUACAAUGUCUUCGUGACACUCACUUUUGGGUAUAUGAUGAUGGUCGAUACGAGGAAGAAGGACAAAAUAAUAUCAAAGGAAAUAUCUGGGAAAAGACAAGAACACGGAUCAUCUGCUCCUUGUUCUCCUUGCCAAUACUUAAUGGUCAACCCCAUUGUCAGAGGAACGAGCCAAGCAAUUAUACGAUGAAUGUUCCUUAUCUGGAGCAGAAAAGAGUUCAGAAGCUACUCUUAUUUGGACUGGAUGGCUCUGGAACGAGCACUAUUUUCAAACAGGCCAAAUUUUUGUACGGGAACAAGUUUACAGCUGAAGAAGUGCAAGAUAUUAAGCUUAUGAUUCAAAGCAACAUGUACAAGUAUCUGAGCGUUCUCCUCGAUGGCCGGGAGCGAUUUGAGGAGGAAGCCUUAUCAAAACUAAAAGCGGAAGGCAGUGAAGAGGAUGCGAGUCGAAAUAACCAUUGUGUCUACUCCUUGAACCCGAGGCUGAAACAUUUCUCCGACUGGCUCUUAGAUAUCAUCGCCACCGGAGAUUUAGACGCGUUUUUCCCGGCAGCAACUCGUGAGUAUGCUCCCCUUGUUGAAGAGGUGUGGAAGGAUCCCGCUAUACAGGAAGCAUACAAGAGGAAAGAUGAACUUCAUUUCCUACCUGAUGCAGCUGAUUACUUCUUAAACAAGGCUGUUGAGGUAUCGAGUAAUGAAUAUGAACCUUCGGAGCAAGACAUACUGUAUGCUGAAGGGGUUACCAAAGGGAAAGGUUUAGCCUUUAUGGAGUUCUCGUUGGAUGAUCGUAGCCCAAUGUCUGAAACCUAUACAGACAAUCUCGAAGCGCCUCCACCUCCUCUUAUGAGGUACCAACUAAUAAGGGUAAACGCCAACGGAAUGAACGAGGGAUGCAAGUGGUUAGAGAUGUUUGAAGAUGUGAGCGCAGUAAUAGUCUGUGUUGCUCUGAGCGAUUAUGACCAGAUGUCGGUCGCCCCGGAGAACAACGGGAGCGGGGUGCUUCUCCAGAACAAGAUGAUGAGGAGCAAAGACCUAUUCGAGGCGAUGAUACAGCACCCGUGUUUCAAAGACACCCCUUUCGUUCUAAUUCUCAACAAGUACGACGUCUUCGAGGCAAAGGUGAAUAGAGUCCCUUUAGGUGCGUGCGAGUGGUUCGCCGAUUUCAGCCCCGUGCCCACACACCACAGCAACCAGUCGCUCGCUCACCAAGGCUACUACUACGUCGCGAAGAAGUUCAAAGACGUCUACGCUUCCCUCACGGGCCGGAAGCUUUUCGUGUGGCAAUCUCGGGCCCGAGAUAGAGUGACGGUCGACGAGGCGUUCAAGUUCAUCAGGGAGGUUGUGAAGUGGGAUGGGGAGAAGGGAGAGAAUUAUUAUGGUGCAGCUGAGGAUUCAUUCUACAGCACAACAGAUGUUAGCUCAUCUCCAGUUAUUAUGCAACAAUAAUAGUGCAAACAAUCUGCAUUUCUUGGGAUAAAGUAUUGUUACAGUUUGUAUA